AAUUACGUUAUUUCGUAAAUCCCUCCCUCAAUAUGAGCUCUAGCCACCGUUUAACGGUCAGUGGGCCCAACUCCCAAAUGAAGAUCCAGAGUCGAAUGCUGAGUGAUAUGCGUUUCCGGCGCCGAUUGCCUACCUAUGGAGAGUUUCGACGAAUAAUGCACAAUCUGCAGCGAAAGAGCAUCGACAAGAAAAGGGGCACGAGCAGGAGCAGCAAGAGAGUGUCCCAUGAACUUCCCGUUCAUAGCAUAAUAGAACUGCGGAAGGAUGCACUGCAUCAGGUUAUGGUUCGUCAUGCUAAAUCAGUCAUCGACCAACGACCUGUUCGCAUACGCGAGGCUGCCGUUAUGGCCAUACCGCAGUUGGCAGCAGGCGUGGCCAAAAAGCAGGAUAUCUUUUGCAAGAAUCUUAUGCUGCUGUGCCGCAUUAACGAGAUUCAGCGGCUACACGGCAAAGUGGAGUCCUUCAAUCAACGCGAUUACCCUUCGCACCGUGAUUGCCACCAGCUGCGCACCUUCCUGAGCGAUGUGAAGGAGAAGAACAGACGGAUUGGCUGCCGUUUGCUGGGCGUAAAGUCCAUGGUGGACACCCAUAACCCCCUUUCGCCGCCAGUGCCGCCCAUGAAGCGCGAUGCGCCAGAGCCUACGGUGCAAAAGUAUCGCCAGUACAUGCCCGGAGAGAAGAGCAGCACAAAGCAUGCCCAGGCACUCUUACGCCCAGUCAUAUUCUUCGAUCUGGCUGUCCGUAAUGGCCGUCCCCUUGGCCGCAUACUCAUUCAGCUAUUCACGGAGGUCAGUCCGGAGGUGGUGCUGGAGUUUGUGCGUAUGGCCACGUACAAUGAUGUAUCGGCCCAUCGAAUCUUGCGCAUCUUUCCCGACCUCUGGCUGGAGGGUGAACUGGAGCAGCGCAUUCAGACUGAUAUGCUUCCCAAAAAUCACUACAGUCGCUCUCCGCUGGAUCCCUCGCAGCUAAGCGGCAUAUUGUCCUACACAUGGGACUACCGCAAGGACUUUCCGCAUGGCCUUCUUAACUAUUCAAUAAGCUUCAGACCGUUGACUGUCGUUCCCCUGCGACGGGUGGUCUUCGGACGCGUCAUGGAUGGUGACCGAGUGCUGCAGUGCUUGAGGGACUUUGGCACCAAGAACGGCAAGACAAAGAAUCCCAUCGAGGUCGUCCGUUGCGGCCUGAUUUAGGAUAAUAAGUUGUGGUCUUACCGCACAAAUUUUAACGUAUGCAAAUUACUUAAAACAAAAUGAGAAAACAACAAAAAAUUACGCAAGUAUGAACAUAAAAUUACGAAAGUGCAUCUUCACUACAGUGAAAAUAGAGUUGCUUGCAACGUUUUUAUAUACAAAUAAAUUUGCUAUUAUAUACUA